AAAAAAAAACGCGCACCGCGAGUGCGUUCUCUCGUUCCGUUCCAUAUUCAAAUUGUAACUAAAGUGUGAGUGGUGCCAUCUGUUAUUCAAAUCCGAAAUGAGGCGAAACGUAAAGGUUUUAUUCCUCGUUGGGGCGGUGUGGAUUUUCUUCCUGUUUUACUACAUGCAGCCUGAUUCGACGCAAUCGAAGGAAGAAAACAUAGCGCUCCGACUUAUCAAGCAGCAUCCAGAAGAAGAAGUAGAAAGCAGUCCAGCGUCUCCAGAAGAUGCGUAUGGGACGGGCAGUACGGGCCGGACGUACUUCGACGAGGGGGGCUAUGUGGCGGGGGGAGCGAAGGACGCGGAUCCGUACGUGAGGAACAGGUUCAAUCAGGCUGCGUCCGACACACUGCACAGCAACAGAGCUAUACCUGACACCAGAAAUGCCAUGUGUCGGCUGAAGAAAUACGACGAGGAUCUUCCGCAGACGAGCGUCAUCAUUACCUUCCACAACGAAGCCAGGUCCACACUACUGCGCACUAUCGUCAGCGUCCUGAACAGAAGUCCAGAAUACCUCAUCAAGGAAAUCAUCCUAGUCGACGACUACAGCGACAAUCCUGAGGACGGGGCUUCACUGCGAGCGAUCCGCAAGGUGCACGUCAUCAGGAACUCCAAACGCGAGGGCCUGAUGAGGUCCCGCGUGAGAGGAGCGGACGCAGCCACCGCACCAGUACUUACGUUCCUGGACUCGCACGUGGAAUGCAACGUGCACUGGUUGGAACCUCUCCUGCAGAGGAUCAAGGAGGAUCCGACGCGCGUGGUGUGUCCAGUCAUCGAUGUGAUCAGUAUGGACACCUUCCAGUACAUCGGAGCGUCGGCAGACCUGCGCGGCGGGUUUGACUGGAACCUAGUUUUCAAGUGGGAGUAUCUAUCCCAUGCUGAACGCAGCGCCCGCCUCAGCGACCCCACGCAAGUGAUCCGGACCCCAAUGAUAGCUGGUGGCCUGUUCAGCAUGGAUCGCCAGUACUUCAACAAGCUGGGCAAGUACGACAUGAGGAUGGACGUCUGGGGCGGAGAGAACCUGGAGAUAUCCUUUAGGGUUUGGCAGUGUGGUGGAUCUCUCGAGAUAGUGCCAUGUUCCCGGGUAGGGCACGUGUUUAGGAAGCGUCACCCGUACACCUUCCCCGGGGGCUCGGGGGCGGUGUUCGCGAGGAACACCAGGAGAGCAGCCGAGGUGUGGAUGGAUGAUUACAAAGAAUUGUACUACAAGUCACAGCCGUUAGCGAAGCAAGUUGAAUAUGGAGAUAUAUCAGAACGUGUUACCCUCCGGGAGAAACUGCACUGUAAACCGUUCCGCUGGUACUUGGAGCAUGUGUACCCCGAGCUGCAGGUCCCCGCCGUGCCAGGUGGAGAGCUGCACGUCAUCAGGCAGGGGACGCGUUGCAUGGACACCAUGGGACACCUCAUUGAUGGAACUAUUGGUAUGUACCCGUGCCACAACGCGGGCGGCAACCAGGAGUGGCGGCUGGAGGACGGGCAGCUGCGGCACGGGGCGCUGUGCGCGGCGCUGCCGGCGCGCGGCCCGCGGCCCGUGCUGGCCGCGUGCGGGCCGCACGCCGACCAGCGCUGGCGGCGGCGCGGCGGCCUGCUGCAGCACGCGCGCGGCCCGUGCUUGAGCGCCGCCGCCACCGCGCUGCUGGCCGCCGCCUGCGACGAGGCCGACCCCACGCAGCAGUUCGUCGUCUGAGGACCGAUCGCCGCCUAGCGAUCGCUGAUAUCUCAUUUCUAGCCUAUCGUUGCGUCGUAGUCGCAUUUAUG